CCCAAAGAUGGUCCAAUAAUAUGGCUAAAAAGACGAGAAAUAUGAAAUCUAGUUUGCCCCGGCUCCUCAUUGUGCCUGCUCCCCCGCACGUGUCUCAAGUAGGCCUGAUUCUGUGACCAGUCGACCCCUUGUGGCUAGCUCCCAACCACCUCAACCAGCCUCAUGUGGAAGCCAACCACCACGUACAAAACUGGCCCUGCAGCCGGCCUAUAGUCUAGACAUGUUAUCCCCACCACCGCGACAAUCCUUUAGCGCCUUGGACGAGCGACAUGAGCCUUGAGACUCCAUUCCAGCUCAAGCACACAAACGUAGUCAGCCGCCCGCAGUUGUCGCACUCGGGUUCAAAACAGAGCAUCACCGCCUCCGAGGGCUACUACUCACUGUCCGACCACGCCUCGAGCGAGAGUGAUGAUAAGUCGAAGCCGACACCAGGCCGCUACCACACGCCGCCUUCUCGCAACCGCUCCCCCGCACAAAGCAAUGAGCUUUCGCUCCAACAAAUUGAAGCUCCAGUGACAUCCUUGAAGGGAAUUGGCAUUCCCAGACAUCACCUCCAAGCUUCAGAUCUCUUAUCGCCCUCGGUAUCCACCAUCGUCGAGGAGAGGCCUGAGACGCAGGAAAGCAAGCGCUCGAAAAUUCGGCUUGACAUGGACUCGGAGUCACUUGCCACUACCCCGGGCAUGGAUGACACGCCGUAUAUACGCUUCGCUAUCGACCAACUCACCCGCGACGAAGAGGUGCGCGGCUCCCGCAUGUACCCGCGGAUCCCCUCUCCCCAUGAUGAAGAGUACCCCGUGGAACGCAUCGUCUCAGACGACGGGCUAGGGUACAUGGACCAAGAGCGGGCUCUGGAGCGGAGGAUGUCCCGACAACCGCCCCCAAAGCCUCCCAAACACGCGUCUAGUCGCAGGGGAGACUCAUCAGUCCAAAAAGACAUCUUCGUCCCUUUCCAGCCUACGUCUGAGUCUCUCACGCAUGCACCCCUCCGCUUCCUCCCCGCUAUCCUUCGACCUCUAUGGCUCGGCGUAUACCUCUUCCUCUGCCUCCUAAUGCUUGCCUGCCUGAUCUUUACCGCCAUCUACUCGAAUCGCAACAAUGGCACUGGCCUCUGGAAUUACAUAUCCUUCGGUGACAACCGCUACUUUGUCUUCGAAUACUUGCCCACCAUGCUCGGCAUGGUAAUGUUAAUGUGGCUCUUCCAGGUCCAGAUCGCCCUUCAAAGGAUUGUCCCGUUCAUAUCUAUGGCUUCAGAAUCUCCCAACCAGCGCUCGGAAGCGGUUUUUCUGCAAUUAUACCCAAUGCAGUUUCUCCUUCCAAAACUUGAAUAUUUCAAGGGCAGCCAGCCAUUGAUUGGAGCGUGCUUUGUAGUCUUCUGGCUUUUUGCCUGGACCAUCCCACUUCUUGCAUGUUCAUUCAAUGUCCGGUAUGAUCUGAAUGAUCGCGUCUGGAGAUGGAUUGCCGUGCAAGGCGUAAUCUGGACCGUUAUUGUUCUCUACAUACUUUUAAUCCUAGCACUCAUUGCUUUAAACGUCUUCCUCAUUCGGAAACGGACGGGAUUAAAGUGGGAUCCGCGAUCUCUGGCCGACAUUAUCGCACUUCUCGAGCGCUCAAAUAUUAUGAACGACUACAACGGUUCCGAAACCUUCGAAAAGAACGAGUUCAAGCAACGCCUGGGGGGUCGAACGGACCGACUAGGCUAUUGGAGCACCACAAAGCGACCCAAUGAUGUCUUCUACGGCAUUGGGGAGGAAGGCGGGGCAACCAGGAGAUAUUCCAUCGAACAAGGCCGCAUCCGAGAGAAAGGCCCUGAGAGAACCUACCCGGAACCGCCGCUCCCAGGGACACAGCGCCCUGGUGACUUCUCAAUCCGAAUGGAUAUCCGUAGCCCUGGCGUUCGCCUAAAAUACCUUCCCUGGUACCUCCGUGACACCUCCGUCAUUGCCUGGAUCGUUACGGCGACCGUACUCCUUAUCGCAUAUCUCGUGGUCAGCUUCGUCAACAGCGCUGUUCGACUUGGUUUCUUGCCUCAAGUUUACGCUCGCACAAACUCUGCUGGCUUCUCCGCUUCCAACUUUUUGUACUCUUUUAUACCCGGCCUCAUCGGUCACUUCUUCUUCCUUGUAAUUCUUACAUUCGAUUACUCCAUCCGGUCCCUUUCUCCAUAUAUAGCUCUCUCUUCUAAAGGCGGGGCAACAGCCGAAGCCUCACUCCUCGUCGACUAUUCAUCCCGCCUCCCCAUCUCCGUAACCCUCGCUGCGCUCGAUAACAGACAUUUUCAACCUGCCUUCCUCUCCCUCGUCUCUCUCUGCUCAACUACUCUGCCUGUUUUAGCGGGUGGGUGUUUUUGGACGCAGUACUACCCCAACUCAGACAUCGUCCGUGUAGCUGCUGAUCUUCCCGGGUACUACGCCCUCUGCUUUUUCCUCGCGCUCUACACCAUUUCGAUAUUCGCAUUGCUCCCUGGUCGUCGUCGUGGUGCACUACCACAUCGAUCUUCUACACUCGCAGAGGUCAUCUCUUGGGUGUAUCAAUCCCAAAUCCUGACGGAUCGCGCCUUCGCUCGCCCACAAACGAAACCAGAGCUUGUGACCCGUCUCAUGGGAUCCGCAUACCUAGAACGAACCUGGGCGCGCUCUCUCACUGCCCUCGUCCGUCCAAGCCGAGAUAACUUGCGCGGUGACUCCCCAACCGAUCCCACGCUCCUCAAUGAAAAGGGCAAAGGAAAGGGCAAAGAGAGGCAGCGGGAUCACGAGGUUGAUCCUGAGAAGCGCAAUAGCGUCCUCGAACCUGGAAGGAUCAAAUACGGCUUUGGCAUCCAUGUUGGCAGAGAUGGACUCGAGCAUCUGGGGAUCGAUAGAGUCAGGAGAGGAGGAGAGAGGAGCGGACGAGAGCUCGUUAUCUGGGAGGAGCAGAGACGGAGGAGUUGGGCUGGGUCUGUCUAAUCUGCCCUCCUGUCAUCAUUCCGCUUCCUCGAAAAAGCUUUUAUUUGGUUGUUAUCAUGCAUAUUUUUUUUCAGUGUUUGCGCAUAAGCAUAUGGGUUCCGGAUUUUUAUGGUUUACGGUUAAUGGUUCACGGCAU